GCAGCACUUCUCCUGAAACAAAAGCAAAAUUCUUGAUUCCUUAGUUCUCUCUCCACAACUGACUCGAUCGAAGUGCGGUACACCAGGAGUUCCAGGACAAGCAGGAAGAUCGGUUGCUACCUCGAUCCAAUAUAACUGAUCUCUUCCUUGCGGUUUUCUCGGCACAGCUCUGUGUUCAAGGGAGUUCAAGUUGGCGGACAGUCGCUCUGUUACUUGAUGCUAUUCAGCUGACAGUUCGCUCCAUCGAAUAAAGUGGCAGAAAGACAAGUGGAGACAGACAAUCGCACGGACUGAGUCUUCUGAUUUGCAAAACCGAAAGGAUCCAACCAACCAUGUAUUUCAAUACCAAUACGAUCUGCGGUAUUGGUCAUCGAAAUGAUCGUGGAGACCUGCAGUGGCUGCCUAGGAUUGCUUUAACUGCAGAAGCGGUCAUCUGCCAGAAUUCUUCGCGCCUUACCUUGAAGCAGACGUUCGUGAAUUCGGAGAAGAAAGCUCUGGAUGAGGCUGUGUACACAUUUCCGCUGUACGAGGGGGCAGCAGUAGUCGCAUUCACUUGCACAAUUCAGGACCAGGUCAUUGUAGGAAAGAUCAAGGACAAAUGCACUGCACGACAGGUUUAUGAGAGCGCUAAGGCAAAGGGAAAUAGGGCGGCACUCUUGGCGGAGAGGCGUCCUGAUAUCUGGACAACCGAGGUUUGCACCAUACCCGCCGGCGCGAAGGUGGAGGUGGAGAUCACUCUCGUGGCCGAGCUCAAACACGACAGCCAAGUCGAUGGAAUUCGGUUCGUACUGCCCACCAACAUCGCUCCGAGGUACGGAGAGCUACCGGACAUGGAGGCGAUGGAUGCAACCAUUCUUUCGGAUAGCAAAGGUUUUGAGCUGACGAUUGCGGUGACGAUGACCUCCGCCAUCACCAGCAUGCAAUCGCCCUCGCACCCGAUCGUUGUGGGGAUGGGCACUCACUCUCCCAGCUCAGCCCCGCCCAAGGGACAAAAUGAUGUCUGCAAAGGUUUUGUCACUCUCUCUCAGAAGGAUACAGCUCUCGACAAGGAUUUCGUCCUGAUCGUCUCGAGUGCCGAUGUCGGGCAGCCGCAAGCCAUCGUGGAGACCCACCCCACACUCGGCAACAACCAAAGAGCAGUGUUGCUCUCUCUGGUCCCCAAGUUCCAAAUUCCACGGAUCUCACCAGAGAUUGUCUUCAUAGCUGACAGAAGCGGCAGUAUGGAUACUCAGAUACCGCAGCUGCGAAAUGCGUUGACAGUGUUCUUGAAGAGUCUUCCGGUAGGAGUGAAAUUCAACAUUUGCUCCUUCGGCAGUAGCCACAGCUUCUUGUGGCCCAAGAGCAUGCCCUACGAUCAGGCGAAUUUGGAUGUUGCACUGAAGCAUGUUCGGACCUUCGAGGCAGACCUCGGGGGCACCGAAAUGUUCCCUCCCAUGGAAGACGCUCUGAAGAAGAGGUACAAAGAUCUGCCGACGGAGAUCAUAUUCUUGACCGACGGGGAAAUAUAUGAGACGGAACCUCUGUUAGAUCUUGUGCAGAGGGAAUGCGCUGGAGGAGAUGUCCGAGUGUUCUCUCUCGGAAUCGGCGACUCUGUAUCACACGCUCUGGUCGAGGGGCUGGCCAGAGCUGGCAGAGGGUAUGCGCAGAUCGUCGGAAUUGACGAUAAGCUCGACGUGAAAGUGGUGCGGAUGCUCAAGGCUGCGCUUUGGGAUCACGUCAAGGACUACAAGCUCUCAUUUUCUGCAGCUGAUUGCGCCAGCCCUGCGACGACCACCGCGACCACCAAGUCUGAGCACGACGCAGAUGAGGCAUUCGAGAUGGUCGAGCACGAGGAGAGCUCUACACCGGCUCCGAAGUCCGACGAAACUCCGCCGCAGCCGACGGUAAUUUCCCUGUACGACGAAUCAGCUUCUGCCGAUGCGGAAAUCGAGCCUCCCGCUUCAAAGGACAGGUUCGCCCAUCUAGCACCCCUCGAAGUGCCGACCAGGAUUCAGACUCCCCACCGCGUUCCACCGCUCUACCCAUUCAGCCGGACCAAUGUCUACGUCCUUCUCUCGGGAGGCGAGCCCACUCCUCGAGUGAUCACGGUGUCAGGCACCACCAAUUCCGGCAUCAAAUUAGAGCUGCAGGUCCCUGUCAAAGAUGUGGGCACGGGCACCACGGUCCAUCAUCUGGCCGCGAAGAAGCUUUUGCAGGAACUGGAGGAAGGCGGGAGCUACCUUCACUCGGGCGAGUUCGGAGUUGACCCGCAAACAGAGCCGGGCAAGUUUGUCGACGUUGUCGAGAGAGAGGGAGUGAGAGUAGGCUUGACCUUCGGAGUGGCGGGAAAGUGGACCAGUUUUGUAGCGGUUGAAUUGGAGGAACCGGAAUUCGAAGCUAGUGUUUAUGAUACUGCGUAUUACUCCUCUGGCCGACAGCCGAUGGCCUCGCCCAUGCCAAUGCCGAUGGCGUCGCCCGCAGUAGUUACGUUCUGUUCUUUACGCUCUGCUCCAAUGAGGAUGAGCAAGGCGUCAGCGCGCAUUGCUCGUUUACCUCAGAAUCCGCCGCAAACGGCAGGCUUUGGCGCCAUGGGCUCUCCUGAGUCCGCACAGGUAGAGUUGCUAGCGAGUGGCAGUAAGGUAGAGUCGCAAGGGAGUGAGAGUGAGGUAGAGUCGCAAGGGAGUGAGAGUGAGGUAGAGUUGCUAGCGAGUGCCAGUGAGGUAGAGUUGCUAGCGAGUGACAAGGAGGAGCUGACUGAAGAUCCACCGGAGAGCAAGGCUUAUCAGCUCAUGAGAUGGCAGGCCUUCGAUGGCAGCUUCCCCUCGGGCUCAGGAGAGUGGGCAAAUGAGCUCAUUAAGGCAUUCGAGCAGUGGAUUCCACAACAGCAGCAAAGCCUAGAGACUGCAACACUGGCGGCUCUACCCAGAGAUGUGCUGGAGAAGCUGGUGGCGAGUGCGGUGGCCACUGCCAUUUUCGAAGUGGAGCUGAAGGAUUCUCAAGGUGUGUGGGAGAUGGUGGUGGAGAAGACAGAUGAUUGGGGUGUCCAGACAGCAGGAGAAGCGGCAUGGAAUGCAGUGAAGACUUGGGCUUCUCAGCAAGUGGUCACGGCCGGUGAAUUGAAAACGGCGAAUUUCUGGGCCAAGUGAUGAUCAUCUUAGUUUGCGUCCUUCGUCUGUAUCCGGACGAUUGAUAGCUCUCGCUGUAUAUUAAAGAGUUUUAGUUGAUAUUUAUAUAUGCCGAAACUAGGGACCUUGCCAAAGCCCAGUGCUCUAUCUCCAUGUCUCUCAUUACCAAAAUUCCAGUGGUUCUUCCACCAACUCGUGUAAAAAACAUAAGUGCAUUUUUUGCAAUGUAAUAUUGUUAUCUAUAUGUCCGGGAUGUGUAUUGAUGUG